UCAGUCCUGGUGAGAGCCAGAUUAAUCUACCAAUACCUCAAUAUCCGCAGGACAGAGGCCAUAUAAACCCAGGCAAAGGCCUCCAACAGCAGAGUCUCUUAGACAUAAGCAAGCCUUUUGCUCCUGGAUUAUUAUCACAGCAAACUAAUAACAAGAACAACAUCCGAGGAUUAUGGCGCUCCUGAAAUCAAGCUGGUUGUGGAGACAGACUUCUGUCCUAAAACGCUGGAAGCUCAACUGGUGUGACCUUUGGAUCGAUGGGAGUCUUUGCUUUUACAAGUCAGACAACAGGCGAGAGCUGGAGCAUCGCGUCAGUCUCAAACUAGCAUGCAUAGAUGUGCAGUCCGGUCAGGAAUGUGGAGGUGUGACUCCACCAGAGAGCAAUCCCAGGGAGAAUCUCGUCGUGGUUCACCUCAUGGACGGCUCAACACUCAACCUGUGCGCAAACAGUGAAGACGAAUCAAUAGCGUGGAAACUGACUCUGCUGCAGACCAGAAGAAACCCGGUGUUCACAUAUGACCCAUAUGAUGACUCCUACCAGGCUGUCCCCCUCAAUAGCCGCCAUACUGUCUACAUAACACCUGGAGCAGGACCAGGUAAGAUAUCAUAGCUUAACACAGAAAACUAGACUUAUUAUCGACUUAAUAUAAUACAUAGUACAUAUAUUAUAAUAUGUAGCCAUUUUUUUGUAUGGAGUAUGUAAAAUUAUAAUAGUUCCCUUUAAUAUUGUAAUUUUAGGACAAUAAAAUUAACCAAGUGGAGCAUUUUAAAGAAGCAUUUAGCUCUACACUAAAUAAAUCUAAUGCUGCGGUCUAUAUACUGGAUCAAAAACAACAGCAUUCAUUUGCAUUUAUUAUCCUAGACCAUAUCCUAUCGAGCAAAAACAGGCUGGCUUAUGAGGGCUCUUUUCUGAAUCCUGUAAACAACAGGGAAUUGAAAUAUGGCAGCUGUCUUCUUCUUCCAAAGAAGCAGACAAUUCAACAGUAAUCUAAAUAAUCCAUAACUGCUUUGGUUGCUGCAGUAUGUUUUAUAAAACAUGGCACACCACAAGAACUGAGCACUUAUGAUGUAGCUGGUAUGUAGCCUGUGAGGAAACAGUCAGAAAACCCAGAACCAU